AUGUCGUCCAGUCCCAAGUCCGUCCUCAUAACCGGCUGCACCGAUGGCACCGCCGGCGCCGCCCUAGCGAAACAGUUCCACCUGCGCGGCUUGCGUGUCUUCGCGACUGCCCGCAAGCUGGAGAAUAUGGCCGGCCUGGCUGAGAUGGGCAUCGAGACGCUCGAGCUCGACGUCACCAACAAGGAACAGAUCCGGGACGUCGUCGAGAGUGUGCGAGAGAAGUUGACCGCGGGACCGGACGUGGAAGGAGGGGAAGGAGGAGACCACCGCACGGGUGUCGGUGCCAAGGAAGCAAAGCUUGACAUCCUGGUCAACAACGCCGGGUACUGGAACUUGAUGCCGCUCGCGGACCAGGACCUCGACGCCGCCCGGCAGAUGUUUGAGAUCAACUACUUUGGGCUACUGGCCGUCACGCAGGCCUGCCUGCCCUUGCUUGUUCGGCCCCCGGUAGCUGGAGGAGGAAGGGAGCAGCAGCAGCAACACAGCAUCAUCGCCAACGUGGGUAGCAUUAGCACCAUUGUGCCUCCGCCGUACCAGGGCGUAUAUGUGGCCAGUAAAGCCGCCGUCGGCGCGCUGACGGAUGUGCUGAGACUUGAGCUUGCUCCUCUCGGCGUCAAGGUCGUGCAAGUCUUGACGGGGAGUGUGGCCACUAGGUUUCUGGAAGUGCCGGCGUGGAAGCCCGAGGCUGGUGCGCAGCAGAGCGCGUAUUAUCCGGCCUCCCUGAUGGAGACGGUCGAGAAGAGGACGUACAUGGAUAUCAGCAAGGCCAUGGAGCCGGAGAACCGCGCAGCUUCUCUCAUCUCCCAGCCAGAGGCCCCCAAGCCGACACUCAACUCCGACGCAGCCUCCAAGCCCAAACCCUGCUGCGUAUGCAAGGACGAAAAGGCGCAGCGCGACGAGUGCAUGCUCUUCUCCAAGACGGCGGACCCGACGAUAGAGUGCAAGUCGACGAUUGCGCAGUACAAGAGCUGCAUGGCCGGGUUCGGCUUCCAGGUCUGA